AAAGAGAGAAAAUCAGCGAAAGAAUGAAGCUUCUCCAAGAUCUUGUUCCCGGUUGCAAACAACCCCUGAUGAGCAAACCGUUAAAUGUUAACGGAAAGGUUAAGAGAGGGGCUGCUUUGCCACCAGUUGAAACGGAGAUGGACACAGCUAAGUCAAGUUAGACUCUAGAAGGGAAGUUUUCUUAACGUCUAUUUUUUUAUUCACAAAACUCAAACUCAAAAGUCUAGUUAAGGGGAAUUGAGAACAUGUUGUUGGUUAGUUAGUCCUAAUUUGUGAACUAUUAGAUGUUGGAUGUUGUCUGGUUUGGGUUUACUCUUCAAAACUUAAUCUUCCUAGUUUAUUUAUAUAGAUUUUUGAGCUUAUGAAUCCUUUGCCUUUAUUUGAAAGUU